UAUAAAUGAAGGGUCUUCCUGGUCACCCAAUGAGCCAACCCCAUUCGCCUAACAACGAACAUAUCUCACUCUAUAACCUGGCACCAUUGCCAAAAGUGAUCUAAUCUCUGUCAACACUACUCCGCCCAUCACAUCCCUAACAUCACCCGCACGUAUGUUAUCGAUUAUAUUUUAGCAUCCUCACAAUGUCCACCUCUUUAAGCCCCAUCCCUAGGCACUGAUGAUGCAAUUCAUGCAAGUGAUAAAAGUCCUAGAAUGCUCUAGAGUUAUAUUCUACAAGGUCUUCUAAUGCAUAACUACUCACACCAUACCAUUCAUGCCUGAUCAAUAUAGGAAAGACUUUUAGAGUAUUUUCUAGCAAAGCAAAUAAUAAACAUGAAAGUACAGUAUGCAAUGAAAAGUAAAAGAUGUUUAGGGGUUUUUUAAGUUAUAUAUAUGCAUAAAAGUAAAGAUACGUAUUGAAUAGAAAAGCAUAUUUGAGUUCUAUCAUAAACAUUAAUACUCAUUGAUAGCAAGCAUCAAUGACUUAUCUAUAUCAUCACUCCAUCCCUUACACUAAGGUCAUCCUAUUUGAGUUUUUUCCACAUGAAAUAGGAACUUGACUAGUUAAUGCAUGCUUUUGCUUCAUGCCAUCACCUAAUUAAUGAAGAACAGAGAUGUGCGGAUAGCACAUGAUUAAGGCCUCUUGAGCCAUAAUCGAUGGUCUAUAGAAUCAAUGAUCUAACAAUCAAUCAUUGAUACUACUCGAGUAUAGAUGGUUGAUCAUUACCUGAUGUGAGAAAGCUAGCCAUGAAGAAUGUCCAUUUCCAUGCAUUCCAAGUUGCGCUUCAAUCGUGGAAGAAUGACGUGUUUAAAAUGGCUAAGUUUGGAAAUAGUGUCAAGAUACCUACCUUGGAGGCUUGUAUGAGAGCUUACUGGACACCAAACGAGCAGCCUAAAGAUCGUAUGGUGAUCACGAAAAAUACCCAAUCAGGUGGGUUAAAAUCCUCUAUAGGGGAUCUGAGGUUCGAGAUAAGGUAUUUGGGUCAGAAAGGACCCCUGGUCAGGAGGGUUAAAAUACCCAAGGCUUGAUGAAUUUUAGUUACUUUUUGUUUAGAAUUCUUUUUACUUUUCUAUACUUUCAUUAUUUUUAUUUUCCAGACGUAUUUAAAGGGUUGUAAACUCUGUUUUGAGGGAGAUUGACGUUGAAUAGAAAACCAUUUUCGGUUCAUUGAGUUGUUACUCUUGAAUAUUAUCUAGUUUGUUGGUGGAUCUCCGCAUUCGAGCGAGCUCUGUAUCAAUCAGAUAUCUCCUUGAUUGUGGUCGAGUUUCUACCCUUAUAUUGUUCGAGUCUGCUCUCAAUUUCGUGUUGAGAUUGCACGACAAUUUCCACUCUAUCCUUUACUUUUCGAGUUGUUGAGAGAAAAUUCAGAAAAUCCUAAAUAGAUGAAAGCUGCGCGACUUUGGAAAAAAAAACCUAAGCUUUCACGAGCUCAAGAUAUUAUUAGGUGGUAUCAGAGCCUCGUUCAAACUCAGCGGCAAGAGGUAUUAUUCUUCCGUUUUUACUGUUCACGAAAAAGGGGAAAGGUUUUUUUUUGUGAUUUUGAUACUAUUUACGUGAAAAAGAAAACCAAAAAAGGAAAAAAUUGUACAUUAGCCACAAAGCUGAACGUGGGUUGAAAGAGGAAAAAAUAUAGAUAUCUGGGAUUUUUUGGUUUGUGUAUUUCUGGUUCAAAUCAGUGGCGAGGAGAAGCAUAUCACAAGCUAUGUUUCAAGCCAUGAUUGAUUCAAAGUAUACGCCGGACAUGAACGAGUUUGUUGAAGAUAGAAAGAAGCUAGUCGACUCUGAUCUUUGGAAGGAUAUGCAGAAGACGUUGGCUGCCCUACUUCAAGCAACGACCAUCCGUGAUAAUUUGGCACCAAGUGGGUCCCACAACUCCUACAUUGCUCCGGUGCAACAGAGUUCGAGUUCUGAGAAAGAUGACAUCCAAUUGAAAGAUGAUGCAAAGGACAUCAUUGUUGCGGAGGGAGAGAUUCCUUUAACACCAGAUGCCCCAGAUAAGGAGGUAGAAGAAGGUGCAGUAGAGAAAAGUGGUGAAGCUAAAGUGGUUUAAAUAGAACGAAUUGAAUCAAGCUAUCACGAUCCU